AUGGCCGCUGAUAACGAUUCCAUGGACUCGGGCCUUAUCCUCCUAAAUUCCGGAGGAUCCGGACAAGACGAUGGUAGUGGUGGCCGUACAUGGGACGGGGACACCAACUCCAAGUUCACACCAUCGGUGGAAGGAUUUGCAACUGGUGCCUCAUACCAAGACCCUUCCCUCCACUCCAUGGUCCCUUAUAUGACGGCACACAUCUUCACUUCAAAUUACACAUAUUCCUUCCCUGUCAGCCCAGGCCGCAUGUUCUUACGUCUUCACUUCUAUCUGAUUGCUUAUGGAAACUAUGUUGUCCCCAAUGCCUUCUUUGGUGUCAGGACAGAUAAUCUUGUCCUCUUAAAUGGCUUCAAUGCUUCGCAAACAGCUCAGACAAUCAAUUGUGCCUACAUUGUCCGUGAGUUCUCCUUGAAUGUUUCUUCACGUAGCUUGGACCUCACAUUUUCCCCAUCAGCAUUUCAUAAUGGUUCAUAUGCAUUUAUGAAUGGCAUUGAGAUUGUGCCCAUGCCUGACAUCUUCACAACAGCUGACACAACGUUUCUCCAUGUCCGGAAUUACAUAGCGCCACUUGAUGUUUAUGGUACAGCUCCGUCGAUGGGACCAAAUCCACAGGUCAACCUGAACUACAACCUUACAUGGAUUUUACCUGUUGGUGCUGGGUUCUUAUAUAUUGUAAGGUUCCAUUUCUGUGAGAUUCAAUAUCCUUUUACCUUAGAGAAUCAAAGGACUUUCUACAUCUACAUCAACAAUCAGACAGCGUGUGAUGCCAUGGAUGUAAUCUCCUGGAGCGGGGGAAUUGGUAGACCAAUAUACAAAGACUAUGCUAUCGUGGCUAGUGGUUCCGGUCAAGUGGACAUGUGGAUUGCACUGCACCCUUAUAUUUCAAGUAGAUCACAAUAUUAUGUUGCAAUACUGAAUGGUCUUGAGGUCUUUAAGCUACAGGGUCACGGAUCGAACAAUCUUGCUGAGCUCAAUCCUCCACUUCCACAAAAAUCCGAUGUGGAUCCUAAUAGGCUAUCUAACGGCGUAAGAAAAUACAAAGGUGACAUACUAGCAGCCAUCGGUGGCGAUUUUGCUUUGAUGUCGAUUGCUCUUUUCAGCAUGUGUGUUAUCUGCAGACGGAAGAAGGUAGCCAAGAGUUGCUGCAAAACCAACUAUACAUAUCUGAAUCGUCCCACAUGUGAUCUUGUCCAUCACUUCUCAAUUGCCGAAAUUCAACUUGCCACGAAAGACUUUGAUGAAGCCCUUAUCAUCGGCAGAGGCGGUUUCGUGAAUGUCUACAUUGGCAAGAUAGAUGGAGGGAUAAAGGUGGCGAUUAAGCGACUCAACCAGGAAUCCCAGCAAGGAUUUCAUGAGUUCCAGGCUGAAAUCGAGAUGUUGUGCAAUUUCCGCCAUGGCCACCUUGUAUCUUUGAUUGUCUACUACAAGGACAAGAAUGAGAUGAUUCUGGUGUAUGACUACAUGCGUCAUGGAACACUACGCGAGCAUCUCUACGGUACCAAAAACCCAUCACUGUCGUGGAAGCAACGCCUUAAUAUUUGCAUCGGCGCAGCCCGAGGGUUGCAUUACCUCCACACUCGCACGGAGCAAGGAAUCAUCCACCGCGACGUUAAGACCACCAACAUCCUACUGGAUGAUAAGUUAAUGGCGAAGGUUUCUGACUUUGGUCUAUCUAAGGCAUGUACAGACACCGACAAGCCGCAUGUGAGCAAUGCAGUAAAAGGCUCCUUUGGAUAUUUUGAUCCGGAGUACUUCCUGCUGCGGCGUCUCACCAGAAAAUCAGAUGUGUACUCCUUCGGGGUCGUGUUGUUUGAGAUCAUGUGUGCACGCCCUGUGAUAAACACCAAGCUCCCAGACGAGCAAGUGAGCUUGCGUGACUGGGCGCUAUCUUGCCAGGAGAACGGUGUACUCAGGCAGAUUGUUGACCCCUGCAUUAAGGAGGAGAUCACCCCCGAGUGCUUCAGGAUAUUUUCAGAGCUGGCAAAGAAAUGUUUUGCUGAUCGUAGCAUACAUAGGCCAUCAAUGGGUGAUGUGCUUCAGAAUCUUGAGGCUGCACUGAGGCUGCAGGACAAUUGCAGCCGUGCCGGAAAGCCAUCAUCUUUUCAGAUCAUCAGUCUAGUGCAUUCACACAAAGCAUCGACACACUCAGUAAUUAGUGUCAGUGCACAGGAAGAGAUAUUUUCAGAUAUUGUUCAUCCGGAAGGCCGAUAA